UUAUAAAACGACAGGUAAGGAAUAGAAGUAACUAGCGUCUCUGAGCUAUGUAUCUCCACAGCUGCACCUUGCUGUUCCUCACUGGUGUCGUAUUGUACCUAGGCUCAGCAGAGCAGGUGGAUCAUCAGCCUAUGUACCAAACUUUCUACAAACUACAUACUCUGACAGGUGGAGAUGUCUUGCGUUUUUUGAUGAAGAAUCAUGUGCUGGAUAUCUUUGAAAGUAGUGACAUCUUGCGAGUUUUAGACGAAAUAAGUGAAGGAAGAUUUCUACGGCUCUUCGACAGUCUCAAAGGAAAUGACAUCAUGAAAGCUUUGGUUUCUACUACGAGAGAGAAUUCUCUUGCUAAAACAUCGAAUUCGAAGAGAAGUUUUGACUCCUUAAGUGGAUCGUCAUUGGGUUAUUCCAAAAGGUUUGAUUCCCUGGGUGGAGCAGCCCUGGGUACGAGCAAGAGAAAUUUUGACGAAAUAGACAACGUUGGAUUCAAUGGAUUUGCCAAACGCAACAUGGACGAGAUCGACAACGCUGGAUUUAGAAGUUUUCUGAAGCGUCGCCACAGUCUAGCUGGCCAUCGUAAACGAAAUCUUGAUGAGAUCGACAACGCUGGUUUCGAGGGUUUUCUCAAACGCCGAUUGUAUAACGAAAAUUAUAACAUGUAGAAAACAAAAGGUCAAAUUUUCAUUAUUUAAAUAUACGUCAAGUUAUUCGUGUAAUUGAUAUUUAAAGUACACAAAAGGCAGUAAAAAGUGAUUUGAUCUUCGAAUACAUGUAGUAAAGAAAAAAAUAAAAUACUCCUUCCUUUGCUUUACA